CACUCUACUCUUCAUGUCCAUUCCUCUGUUAUGUAAUACUUCCCUUAUCCAAUCCUUCAUGUCCACCGUCCUCCGCCCUCCCUCCUCCCCACUCCGCCACCACCACGGCGGCCGCCGGCAUCAUCGUCACCACCUCUUACCUUCAUCACCCUUUUUCCUUCCCCUAAAACCCCUUUCACUGUCUCCCUCAAUAUCCCUUUACACCCCCUAUUCUUCAUCUUCCACUUCACCCCAACAACUUCUGCUGGAUUCCCAAGAAACCCAAGUUGAUUUCGACAAUUGGGACCCCAUUUCUGCUUCUGGGGUUGCUGAAAGUUUCAAUUUUGACGAUUCUUUUGAUUCUGUGGAGUUGAAGAAGUUUGAAACCCCAGCUGUUGAGGUGAGGGAAUUAGAGGACAUUCCUGAUCAAUGGCGUAGGGCAAGAUUAGCUUGGCUUUGUAAAGAGCUUCCUGCUCAUAAGACGCCUACUAUGGUUAGGAUUUUGAAUGCACAAAGGAAGUGGAUUAGGCAAGAAGAUGGGACUUUUGUUGCUGUUCAUUGUAUGCGAAUUCGCGAAAAUGAAGCUGCUUUUAGGGUUUACAAAUGGAUGAUGCAGCAACAUUGGUUUCGAUUUGAUUUCGCACUGGCUACGAAGCUAGCAGAUUACUUGGGGAAGGAACGAAAGCACUUGAAGUGCCGGGAGAUUUUUGAUGACAUAAUUAAUCAGGGACGAGUGCCUUGUGAAUCUACAUUCCAUAAUCUCAUUAUUGCCUAUCUUAGUUCAUCUGGACCAUCAGUGUUAGAUGAAGCCUGUAACAUCUACAAUCGCAUGGUGCACUUGGGAGGUUAUAAGCCUCGGCUUAACUUACACAAUUCUCUGUUUAAAGCUCUUUUGGGAAAGGCAUCGAGUGAGAGUAAACACUUUCUGAAACAGGCUGAAUUUAUGUAUCAGAACUUGACUUCCUCUGGAUUGGAAAUACACAAAGAUAUUUUCGGCGGUCUUAUAUGGCUUCACAGUUAUCAAGAUGUGGUCGAUAUGGAAAGAAUUGCUGCGCUAAGAGCAGAAAUGCGAUCAAGAGGAAUUAAAGAGAGCAAAGAGGUACUUGUGUCAGUUUUAAGAGCUUGCUCAAAGGAUGGGAAUGUGGAGGAAGCCGAACGAACUUGGUCAAAACUUCUCUCCAUCGAUGGCAGUCCUCCUUCUCAAGCUUUUGUCUAUCGUAUGGAAGUAUAUGCAAAGAUUGGAGAACCUACAAAAUCUUUGAAAGUAUAUAGGAGGAUGCAGGAACAACUGGGUUCCACCUCCGUUGCAGCAUACCAUAAAAUAAUAAAGGUGUUGUCUAAAUAUCAAAAACUAGACCUUGCAGAUUCUAUCAUGUCCGAGUUCAUAAACAGUGGUAUGAAACAGCUGGUCCCAUCAUUCAUCGAUUUGAUGAGGAUGUACUCCGUUGCAGGUUUACAUGAGAAACUGGAAUCUACCUUUCUCCGGUACCGUGAAGUCUGCCAUCCGAAUCUGACAGUUUUUAACAUUUAUUUGGAUUUGUUGGUGAAUACUGGCAAUCUGAGCCUGGCUGAAGAAAUCUUCCAUGAAAUGCGUGGUAAUGUGGCAAUUGGUGUUGAUUCUCGUGCUUGCAACAGUAUUUUGAGAGGCUAUAUGACCUCUGGAGAGUAUGUGAAGGCAGUAAAGAUAUACAAUUUGAUGCGCCAAAAGAAAUAUGACGUUGAGAUUGAAUCUUCAUUGAUGGAAAGACUUGAUUAUGUUCUUAGCUUGCGGGAGAAAGUAGUUGAAGAACCUAUUAGGCUGAAGCUCACACCAGAACAACGAGAGGUUUUGACGGGGUUGCUUCUUGGGGGUGUGCAAAUUAGAUCAGAUGGAGAGAGAAGAUUGCAUGCAAUCCAUUAUGAAUUUAAUGAAGAGUCGAGGAUCCAUUCCAUUUUUAAGAGACACAUACAUGAUGAAUUUCACGAGUGGUUAGGCUCUCAUGAUACGAUGGUGGAUAGCACUGCUGACAUUCCUAAUUCUUUUACCACCAUUUCACAUUCUUAUUUUACUUUCUAUGCUGAUCAGUUCUGGCCCAAUGGACAUCCUUGUAUACCAAAACUCAUACAUAGAUGGUUGUCACCUCGCGUUCUUGCUUAUUGGUAUAUGUAUGGUGGUUACCGGACAUCAUCUGGUGAUAUUCUAUUGAGAGUAAAGGGAAGUUCAGAGGGUGUUGUGAGUAUUCUUAAAGCACUGAAAGCCAAAUCAUUAGACUGCCGAGUAAAAAAGAGGGGGAGAGUCUUUUGGAUAGGAUUUCUGGGGGACAAUGCUACAUUCUUCUGGAAGGUGGUAGAGCCCUUCAUUCUUGAUGAAUUAAAGGAACUCCUUAAGGCAGGUGGCGACUCAAAUGGAUCCCUGGAAACCCAAUGUAUCAAUUUUGACAGUGGCUCGGAGACUGACGAGAAGAAUUCAGAGUGUAGCGAUGCUGACACGUCAUAGAGCCUUGUCUGAU